UCUGAGUUUACUAAAUAACAAAAAGAAAAGAAAAAUGGAAUUGUCAAGAGAAAUAAAUAAAUACAGAAGUUUUAAAGCUAAAAAACAUUCAGCGAUUAAAAGACGACAAACAAUGUCUACAUCCUCACUAAGACGUAACAGAUGCCAGCAACAGGCAGAACGGAAUGUCUUCAGAUUAAAAAAUAGCAUGCCCAACAAAUUCGAAGAAAUGGUGCUUAGUAGUCUUGGUAAAACAGUCACUAUGCCAACACAAGAAAUAGACUCGCAAGUGAACAGAAAGACUCCCGAGAAGGUUACUCUCAAACGCAAAAGCUCCGGACUCUCAUUCUACAGAAAGUCUAUUAAAAAGAAAGAAUUUACACAGCUGACACCAGAUUCCAUUUCUGCUCUCACAGUCUUGAUGGAAUUCAUUGGAAAAAGCUACAACAUCAAAGAUGAAGGACUGUUCCGUAAAACAGGUAACAUAAGCCGCCAGAAAACUGUUAGAAAACAACUCCUGGAGUGUUCCAUGAUUGAUUUGGAACUUAUUUCGUCCCAUGAUGGAGCUAACGUGCUAAAGAACUUCAUACGAGACCUCCGUGAACCUCUACUAACAAACAGAUUCCAUAAUGUGUAUACUAGAUUAGCAUCACUACUGACAACCGAAGAUAAAACCAAACCAACAACUUUAAAAGCUCUACAACUGCUGAUGUUACUGAUGCCAAGCGACAACUAUUGCUUACUGAGACCAUUGAUUACACUGCUACAUCGUACGUCAAAAACACCGGAAAAUCUCAUGACAGCGGAUUCACUGGCUAUUAUAUUUACUCCUCAUUUUCUCUGCAAUAAAUCGUCUAGCGGUACUGAACUGCAAACAACUACUAAGACAUUUUGUCACCUGGUUGCAUUUAUGAUUGAAUCUGGAAACAAUUUGUUCAAAAUUCCACAAGAUCUUGCUGAAGAAGUGUCAAGUUUUUGGAAAGAGAUGGAAAUUCCUAAUCAUUUGUAUCUCCAAAGUGUUACAAAAAAGAAUCGGCCACUGAAAACGUUAGAUGACAGUGUGUUGACAGAAUCGCCUAAACUAACUCCAAAAAAGAAGACAGGAAGACGAUCUCUUGUUCAUGUCAUCGACUUAGGAAUUUCACCAGAUAAAAGAAGGAAGAGUGGUUUGUUUUCACCCCGCCAUAGACAAAGUAGCGGGAGCAGUGACGUCAUUUUACCAGAAAGGAGACCUCUUCCAGAUAUCGUGGUGAGCAAAGUCGACGAGAAGUGUUGUACAGCCAAAACCCAAUCAGAACAGAGGCAAUGGAAUUUUCCUCCAUCGACAACUAAAAACAAACCUGUUGCCAUGGUUAAACCCACCUCUCGAUCUCCGAUUUCGCAGUUUUUCAGGAAUGUUCCCCAGCAACUACAGAAAGUCAUGCAAACUCCAAGAUCAAGGACACCAAUGUUAUACCGGUCACCUCAGUUGGACAUGCCACAUUUGGACAUGCCACAGCUGGACAUAGAAGACGAUAGAGAAAUCAUGUGCUGAGGAAAUUAAAACAGAGAUGCAAUACCAACCAAGUGCCAACAUAAAACAUUAAGAAUUAAGAACUGCAUUUCAAAAUGUACAUGUACUUCUAUUAAUAAUUGU